AUGGCUUCAGCUUGCGUCAACAACAUCAGCGUUUCGCCGGAGAGCUUCCCGCCGCCGGGGACGUACUCCUCUUACGGCUGGCUAAGUCCUCGCAUCUCAUUCAGCCGCGAGGAUGCUCCGGCUAUUUCUCCUCCUCCUCCGCCUCCGCAGCAGCAGCAAGAUCUCCUACCGGACUUCGAGUUCCGCCUCGACGACCCCGUCGCCAUGCUCCCCGCCGACGAGCUCUUCUCCGACGGGAAGCUGGUGCCGAUGCAGGUCACGAGCUCGAAGCCUUGGUCGUCGACGGCAACUUCGGCGGAGUUGGAGGCGAAAUCUGGCCGGAGCGUGGAGAUGGAGCUACCUGGCGGGAUCAACAGUACAACUGACCAGUACUUGUUCUCGCCGAAGGCGCCUCGAUGUUCGAGCCGGUGGAAAGAGAUUCUGGGGCUGAGGAAGUUUUACCAGAACAACAGCUCCAAGGCGGCGUCGUUUCCUUCCUCGUCGUCUUCUUCAUCCUCUUCCUCGUCGUCUUCAUCCAACAAUAACCAGAAAUCAUUGAGGCAUUUCCUCCAUAGAAGCUCAAAAUCCUGCAACAGCUGCGGCAAUUCCUCUUCCAAUUCCUCGCUCGACGGUACCCUGAGUCUUCCAUUGCUGAAAUCAGACCUGGACUGUGACUCGUCGGUUUCCCUCUCUUCAUCCCGCUUAUCGCUCUCAUCCUCGUCAUCCAGCCACGAGCACGAAGAUCUCCCCAGACUCUCCCUCGAUUCGGAGAAGCCCAAUGCCGCUUCCAAUUUGAGCCUGACAUUCAACCCUUUGCAGAGUCCGAAUCCGUUCGUCCUCAACCGCAAUCAGAACCCGCCGAGGAUGAGAAUGGUGAAGCCGCGAGCCUCUGAAAUUGGAGGAGAAACCAGAGUCGGGAGAAGCCCAAUGCGGAGAACUACUACCGCCGCAGCAGCAGGAGGAGAGUCAGGCGGCGAGAGCAGGGGAGUCUCAAUAGACAGCCCGCGGCUGAAUUCGUCGGGUAAAAUCGUGUUCCAGAGCUUGGAGAGGAGUUCCAGUAGUCCAAGUAGCUUCAAUGGCGGUCCAAGGCACAAGCACAGAGGAAUGGAGAGAUCCUAUUCAGCUAACGUCAGGGUAACCCCCGUUCUCAACGUCCCCGUUUGCUCCCUCAUGGGAUCGUCCAAAUCCGGGUCAAUGUUUGGUUUCUUCUCUUCCUCCUCGCCCCAGAAGAGAGACGGCGGCGGGGUCAGCUACAACAGCAAAGGACAGCCCAGUUUUAGCAGAGGGAAUCGAGCAAUGGUGGAUCACAAGCUUAUUCACAAGCGAGAUGGGGUAACACCACAGUAA